AAAUAAUUUGGCUAUGUACUUUACCUCAUUUAAAUGUUCCAAAGUACAAAACUGCAAUUUGUUUUCACCUGAAAGAAGAAAGAAAAAAUGUUACAGGAUGAUGGUUUAAAUGUACAGUUGCAUUUGAAUCGGUAACUGUGUGCAGCCACAACGAAUUGGAACUGAAUUGCAAAAGCAUCGUAUUCGACACGGCAAUUAUUCAAUUAUUGACGAAAUGUGUAAACGGCGAGGAGAAAAUGAAUCCACCUGUCUGGUAGACCUAGAACUACAAGAUCUGCUGACCUGACCUGGAAUUCAUACACGAAAGACUUAGCGCCUUAAGUGAGCUCAGAGCAGAUUUAAUUAGCAUUUUUGAAAACGAAUCUCUAUGUUUCUAUACGUAAAGAACGGAAAUCAUAAACAAACGUUAGUUAAGAUAUUUUCCAUAUAUUUAGUGUUUGAAGAAUUGGUAAGCCAUAAUACCGUUCAAAAGUGCAAAAGAUUUUGAUUCCAUACAAGAACCGAUCACUCAGUUUGUACGGCAGCCAUAUGCUAUAGUGAUCCGAUCUGAACAAUUUCUUCGGAAAUUGCACCAAUGUCAAAGGCAAGAAUUCAUACCAAAUUUCUUGAAGAUAUCUUGUCAAGUGACAAAGCUUUCCAUAUAAGCACAUUCAGGCAACCAUAUCGGUGCAACGUUGUUUAUGACCAGCCGGGCGUUUGCCUUGUAUGUUGCCAACAACGUUUCUUUGUCCUUUCAGCAUGUGCUUUCGCUGUAAUUGCGGUCGUAUGAGGAGUGAAGAGGCACAGGCUGUCGAAUGUAUCAUUUAAAUUAAUAUACCCUGUUCAGGGUAAAAAGCUAGGAAGAUAAUGAUUGAGUCUAAAUGCGCGAGAUUAUUGCAACCGAGUUGCUUUCUGUCGAUGUUAUUAGCAAACAAAAUUUAAUUUUGACGAAUAAUUAGCGUGCAAUCCAUCAAAAUUCGAAAAAUAACUGUUUAACAGCGCCAUCUAUUUCUCGUUUUUUAUAAACACGCAAUCUAUUACCAGAGAGGCGUUUACAUUCUCUGUCAGCUGUUUCACGCUUGUAACCAGAGAACGUAUAUCAUUUAUACGUUCUCUGCUUGUAACAUAUGAUAUACGUUCUCUGCUGAUAUCAAAAUUGUUUAUUUUUAUUUUACUUGUUUAUGCUUGUUGCUAUUUAAUUCAUUUAUUUCUUCACCGCGUGUACACUGCACUUGCCCCUAAUCCAAAACCUUCACCGCAACGGUUGUUAAGCAGCCAUACAAAUUGCCAUAACAAAAGCGUUUGUAAAUUCAAUCGCAAUGACGACGACAGCUACGCAACCAAAUGAUGGGAGGACACAUUUUCUCAACAAAUUAAUUGAUUAAACACAAAUAAAGACGGGAACGAGAUUAUUUAAUGUAGUACAACAGUUUUAAAUUAAUUAAGUAGUGGUUUCCAUUCUUCAAGUGAUAAGAGAGAGCGCCAAAAAUCAAAUGUCGAAAUCACAAGCGAAAGCGACGCAGCUAAGAAACGGUGCUAAGACUACGGCAGGCACGACAGCAAAAGUAAAACCGACCGUAAGUUAUCCCGCAAAAACCGUAAGUGGAGCUCCUAAAGUAAACACGCAACUUAAAAAAACAACAGCGACCACAACAACAACCACUAAGCGUGUAGAAGAAGAAAAGCUUAAACUUAAAAGCACGAUACAAACCCGACGAACAGAGCCUGCCACUCUCAGCAAGUCUCGAACUCCGCGAGAUGUUGUAAAACCAACACAAAACGCGGUAAUAAAAAAAACAACCGCGAGCAACCGAGUUGCCAGCACAUCCAAAGCAACGCAUAACCAGAAUAUACCAACAACAGUGAAGAGAAAUGUGACAGCAACAACAAGGAAGGCUAAUAUUAGUGAACUGCCUAUACGCGCCAAACAAAACCGCGAUAUUGCGGAUGCCGUCAAAAAGAUACCUUCAACCGCAAGCAAAGCUAAUGCCGUAUUAGAUACGUAUCACAGCGUCACAGUUGCCUCCCCACCACCUCGACGCAGAGCAAUUACUGCAGAAACCAGCGACGAUAGCGUUAUAUCUACCAGAACUAUAAAAGAAAAAGCUGUGACACCGGCUGAUGUAGAGGCUGCCAAGAUUGCGGUUGAUGCCGAUGAACCGCCAAAGCGUGUGCGUACGCAUUCCUUGAAAGAUGAAGAUAUCAUCGUAUUACGUACCGACUCGGCAAAGCGAAGAAGUGAACAACAGAUACUAGCAGAUGUGACAACUGCCAGCCAACAUGAGACGGAAUACUUGCAACUAGACACAGUUGAAGUGAUCGACCAAAAGCCGGUUGUCAGAGAGCCUGUAGCUUUCGAAGUCGCCUUCGAUGAGCCAUUGAGCAGUAAGGCCAAAUCUAAAUCACGAGAACCAUCUGCAACGCGAAGCAAAGCAGAAAAUACGCUUAAAGCAAAACUCAGUGAUGCUGCAAAGAAACCAGAAAUAGAUAAUUACUCAGAUGACUUUGAAACGUAUGAAUCGGACUUUGAGACUGGCUCCUCGACGCAAAAUGGUUCGUCCGGGGAAACUGAAAGCGAAUCAUCACCGCAUAGCGUUUGCAGCGACGAUGAGGACAAAAGUAAAAGCAGUGUUUCCUCAACUACGCAGGAGGAAACAAGUAAAAGUGGCGAUGAAAUGCCGAUUAAUGAUACCGAUUGCGAAGAAGAAACCGAAUUAACACAAUAUCCGAUAACAGUAAUACAACGCAAUAAAGAACUCGAACGAAAAUUGGACUCUGGAAAUUAUGAAAUGAAUUCGCGAAAGCAACCAAAGUUUUCUGAACUGGCGACACAACUUAAUGAGAAGCAUUUCGACAGCAUGGACACCACUUAUAGUGUUGCUUCAACGGAUCAGCUUGAUUCGGGCAUCAGCAGCUACGCUAACACGAAUAAUACACAAGCGGAGGUCGACAAAUACGGCGGAAUUGUAUGCACCUACGGCGGUUAUGCCGAUUUUAAUACGCGUCCCAUACGGCGCAAGCGCGGCAUCGAGCUAAUGAACAAAAUUCAAUUUGACACUUUAACGUUUUCGCUGUUCGAGCUCAAGCCAAUUAGCUAUGAGGUUUACAUGCAAACAUAUGGUACGCUAAAUACCACUCAGUGCUCGACACAAACCAACGAGAAUCGCAUGUCAAGCGAAAGUCAAACGGACAGCUACGACAUGCGUACGAUGUGGACACAGCAUCCACCACUAUAUGAUCUGCAAACGGUGCAGAAAUUCGCCAACGGUAUGCAUGAUCUGAUGGCAACACAAAACUGCUGUGGCGAGUCGCCAUUGGAUGAAGCGUACAUGUUACAAAACUUAAAUGCUGACGAAUACGAUGUUAGUUUACAAAAGCUAACGGUAUUUCGACAAAAUAAUCGUAAAGAUGUGGUUAGCGCGCAGCUAAGCAGUCUGAAAAAACCGUUAGAUUUUGAAAAAUUAAACGCGUUUCUGCUGCGCUCAUCAUUACUCAUCACAAAGGUGCUGUGCUCAGCGCACGACAACAAACCAGAGAACAGUUUAACAAAACUGCCACAAAACCAACAGAGUUUUCAGGAAGUUAGCGCGGGUUAUGUGCAGCUCGAAACGAACUUGUUGAAUGCAUUACGCGUAGUGCGUGUAUUUGCAAGUGCUAGACACGAUCUCAUCAUAACGGUACAUGCGAGUCCGCCCGACGCUGAUGUCUAUCGCUGUGAUUUUUCUCAACUUCUUAUGGUCUGGUACACCAGCGAUUGCACGAAGCCCUUUCGCUUGCUCUCCACAUGGAGUGAGGUUUGUCGCGUCGAAAUCUGUUACGAUAGUGCGGAUAUUGUUGUGUGCGGCCUGCAUGAUGGCAGCAUUGCUAUGUGGGAUUUACGCGAAACAUACUCCUUCUGCUCAAAAUUAGAUGGAUAUCUGACUCACUUUGCUGCAACACAAUCUGUGGUACCCAAUUGGACAGCGAGCGCAGAACAGUCUCAUAGACUCAGCGAUCUUGGCGCUGUGGUAGAUGUACGAAGUUUUCGAACGCUACAACGAGUUAUGGCGCUGGGUAGCUACAAAUCAAUACAGUUCGCUGCACUUAACGACACCGGCCUCUUAUCGAUUUGGACGCUAGUGGAAACGAGUGUAAAGCAUUACGAUUUUGCUACGUCGAAAGCAGCUGAUACCCAACAUAGUCGCAAACGAGGCACAAUAUCUAUGUUAAACUCCCGUUAUGAGUAUAGUUCACCGUGGGCUCGUGUGAAAUUAAUACAGAGUGCGAUUUGCGAUCUACGCGACUACCUAGAGCGUGGUCUGCGACGCAGCCAAACUCAGUUCCAGCUGACCAAGCAACUAUUUCAAAAGGAAAUAUACAGCGACGAGAUCUUACGCGAGCUGCACGGCACAAAAUCGGCGCAGCAACAGCGGCAGCAAUUGCUGGGCUUGCGCUUCACCGGCAUCGACACCGGUUGUGAGCGCAUCUACGUUUGUACGAAUCGCAAUUUCGUGCUGAGUUGUUCGAAGAGUCUAAAGGCGGAACGUUUCCGUAAAAUAAACAUAAACGAAAGCGGUCUGCUUUUCGCAACCAGUUUACAAGUGCUGACAAACGAAAAUUUCCUUGCUGUUGGUCUGUCAAAUGGUUCAGUGAUGAUUGUCAAUUGCAAUCAGCAGAAGUUGGCAACGCAACGCAAUAGUGAUGCGAAACGUUUGGAAGUAGCGAACUCAUAUGACGAUAAUCGUCAAAAAGUAGUCUUUACACCUCAAACGCCUGACAUUGAUCCGAUCACUGGUAAAUCAUGCGCCAUACAAAAUAUAAUACUUAACGAAAGACGUCUGCUGGGUAAGGCUGAUAGUGCAUACGAAACGCCAUACGAUACGCGUCCAUCUACAGCGGCCUGCAUAGCAUUGAUCAGCAAUCAGAAACGUCCGUUUGAGUUACGUGUCUACGAUCAGCAAAUAAUAAUAAAUGGUUCGGCGCUGCGUAAAGAUUUGGUGCAAUCGCUGCAAUUGUCCAGCGAUGGUUGGCGACUCUUUGCGCUCACAAAUGGUCAUGUGCGUACAUAUGACUUUUACUUGGAUUGCGAGUUGGGAACUCAUGCGCUGGGUGCAAGUAAUUGCGAACAACGUGUUAUGGAUAUAGCGGUGGCCAAAAGUUCACAAAAUUCUAAUAAUCUGAUUGUAUUGAAUGAAGAGAAUUACGUAGAAGUGCACUUAUUAAAGCAAUAGGCAAUACAAAAUAUAAUUAAAUAAAGCAAUGAAGUUUCAAAAA